CGGGGGACUCAUUUGUUCCGCGCGUGUGUGUUUCCGGUUGAUUCUCAUGAUGGCGAUGACUUUGAACAAAGGGAAUUUAACAGGAAUAUUAAGAGUUUUUCAGACCGCAGGAACAUGUUUAACACAGUCCACACCUGCACGCUGUUUGGUUCCUACAUUAGCAUGCCGUCAAAACUCAUCAAGCGUCACAAAUCCUGCAAGUUUUGUUCCACACACAUCCUUAUCAAGACCACCGUGGCCAGAACUACCAGCGUUUGACCCUGAAGAUCAAGAGAAGAAGCAUGGAGCGGUUGUGCAGAAGGUGAACGGCCUCAUUCAGAGCGGAGAAUACGGACGUUUGUUUGCCGUUGUUCAGUUUGCCGGCCGUCAGUGGAAAGUCACCAAUGAAGAUUUAAUCCUCAUUGAGAAUCACAUUGAUGUUGAGUGCGGCGCCGGAAUCAGACUGGAGAAGGUGCUGUUGGUCGGAGGGAAUGAUUUCACGCUCAUUGGAAAGCCACUUCUUGGCGGUGAUCUGGUGAGAGUUCAGGCCACGGUUAUUGAGAAGACCGAAUCCUGGCCGAUGGUACACAUGAGAUUCUGGAAGAGACAUCGAUUUCAAAAAAAGAAAAUCAUUAUUCAGCCUCAGACUGUGUUGAGGAUUAACACCAUUGACAUUUUACCAAGACUGACUUAACCUCUUAUGUAUCCGCCAGCAUCACUUCUGGAACCUCAGACCUGAUUU